CGCACGACCCUGUGAAUAAUUAAUGUGACGUUGCGGUGGCAGCUUAACUGGAAGUCACGAACACAAAAGAUCACUGUGUGCCAUAGUGCUGGUCUGAUGUUAUCUGCACAAGGUCAUAAAAAUGAUAAUUCCGUGAAUUGUUAAAAUGAGGAAGCAUGCGAUAUGAAGCAGGAGAGGACGGCAGUUCGGGGAGGAGGUUUGCGGGCAAGAGAGAAAGAUUGACGAUCGCCAUCGCGUUCUUCAGAUGAGGAUCUACAUGCGCAUUCCCCGCCAUCCAGUCAGUGCAUAAGCAGUUGAGGGCACUCUACUCUUCCAUUGUAAUGCUUCAAGAACAUUCAAGGUCACUUAUUCUGCUGGUUUGCCAUUGUGUUGUUCAGUCCAUGGUAGGGGAUCAGCCCGGAGGAAAUCACUGAAGAAUGUUUUCACCUUAACAGGGGAGUAUGGUGCACAUCAUUUGAUAUGCAAUGAUGGGGAGAUUGUUUUUAAGAUGCUGGUUUUCUGUGUAAAUACCAUUCCAUCUGCAAUACGGGCGAUUCACAAUAGUGUGCCACCAAGAGUUUGCAACAUGUUGGCCAAUGUCGAACUUUAACGCGCAGUGCUAGAGGGGUCUCAAGUUUGGAAAACUGGUUUCCAACAGAUAACCGGGGAAAAUUGUCCUGUGCACUUUAAUAGUUGAAUCUAAUUAGAUUUUAUGGCUACUAUAGAUCUAUCAGUCUUUUCUGGAUAAUCCCAACUUGGAAUGGGCACAAGCAGCUGUUUCAGCAUUGUCAAAAUCGGGACUUUGUGGUCUCUGAAAAGGCUCUGCGCACGUGUUAUUCAUGCAUUCCAGAUUAGUACCUGUCGAAAACAAUAAUCAGGGAAGGAACUUUUUAUGAAUGAUGUGUGUUCGGCCUAGUGACAAGUUGGCAUGUGUGAGAGUGAUUCACCGUGCUUCAUCCUUAACCCUGCGUCUGUAAGCUGUGGUUGUCAGGAGAACUUUGGAUGAAGACUUUUGUUGCCAGUUGGCAUUUUUUUGAGCUGGAGGAGGAAGAGCGGAAGUACGUAGUUUUGCUAUUUUGCCAUCUAUUCAGUCUGAAAAGUGAAUACUUCUGCCAAUUUUACUUUUAAAUACUCCUGACACCUGGCAAACUUUGCAGCAGAGUUGUACGGGUUGGAUGCACUCACAGGAGCCAAGGAAGAGUGUGUCGUGUGUUUUGCACUGGUUUGCACAUGUGAAUGGCAUGGGCAAUUUUCAACAGAAUGAGCACAAAAGAUGCUGUUGCAGAGGAACACUCCUGAGUGGGAGCAAAAUGGAUCUCAACUGUCCAAAGUCCAUUUCAGUACGUAACGUUCAAAUGACUAAAAUUCAAAACAGGCAUCAGCCACGUACCAUGUGUACUUGUACAUGGUUUAUUUUAUGAACAUGGCGAUCAAAAUUGCUAACUUUUACAUGUGAAAAUGGCUUGUGGAUUGAAUCUCACAUUUUGAUUCCAUCCCCAAGGCACCUGGCAAAAAAAUAAAAAAGUUGACAUUUCUUAUCCUUGUGUAAAUCGGUGUAGUCUUGAUUUCACUGCUGACAAAGUCUCAAUUGACAAUUUAGAUUCCCCUUCAAUGAAUGACAAGUUGUCACCUUGCCUGACGCAUCCAGCUAACACUAACAGCGGACAUCUCAGCUUUCUUGAAAUUAAAAGGGAGGUAGAGGCUUCUUCCAUAAAUCUAGGCUUCAGUGCUCCUUAAGGGAUCAGCCCCAAAAGAACACGCACCCCCUUGUCAGACUUGGAGACAGCACAAUUGCAUCUUCCUGCCUGGAGCCGCCAGCCCACAGACCACUUCCUGCCUCUGACUGGCCAAGAGGGAAGCUCCUGAAUAUUCACACGCCCUUUCACUGGGUACAAGGCAGUAGUAAAUUUGCAUGAGAAUCGGCAACGUUAUCGGGAAAGCUGCAGUAUCCAGCCUCUGACGAGCCACUCCAAGCCUUUGAAUAUGCAUGCCUUUCCUGGUUGGAUAUGUGGGCCCUCAGCAACAUUUGCAUAAAAAUCAGCAAUGGUUGAACGAAGGCACUGUGUGGUGGAAUCAGAUCUUGUUUCAGGGUUUCCACAGGAAAAAUGAUCAGAUUGGCUUUGCUAUAAAUACUGGCCGAGCAGUAUGAGUGGGCACUGAGACGUUGUCAGGAAGGGGGAACCAGCUGGCAGAACUUGGCUUGUUCCAUCUUUGGCGUUUUGUGAUAUCGCCACAGGCUCUGAGGACCUGCUCCCCCCCUUCGGACUUGAAUCAUUGUAAUCGGGAAUAAAGUUUGACUUCAUCUACAAACUACCAUCCUGAGGGAUUAUAAGUUACCAACCAGAUGUGACCACUUAGAAAUCAGAGGAACUCGUAAGAAUUCGGCAGAGUUGAGGAAUGGACUUUGUGGUACAACACUGAACUAUAGUGCUGUGUUCUAAAUCAGCACAGAAGGUGUGACAUUUAAGUCAGGCUUCAAUUGAGUUUUCCUUUUUGUAUUCGUGGGUUUUUUGGAGGUGAAGUAGUGUACCGUUACUGCUCUAGGAUGGCAUAUCCUAGCUAUGCGACUCUCAGCAGUGGUUACAGGCAGCAGUGGAACCACAGCCACCACCAUCCUUCACAUCACCCGCGCCGCCACGCCAUGCCGCAGACAAACCCCCGCAUCAGCUCGCGCCGGGGCCUGCACCGCAACAUGAACAACAACCAGAAGGUUUCGGACACGCUCACACUCUUCAACACUGAGCGACCGCGCCUCAAGAUUGCCACCAACGGCUGCCUGUUGGACCGCAACAACAACAGCCAGCCACCGCCACCGCGCGAUUUCUUCAAGAAGCCCUCAGAGCCCCCGAGAGUUAAGAGACAGCCAAUCUUCAUUGAGACUUCAUUCUUGAACGUCUACCCAGAAGAGUACAGUCUGGAUCCGCCCACUCCCGUCAUCGAUGCUCGCCGCCCCUCCCCUCCCUGCUCGCCCCCACCAUUCCUGCCUCCCCAGGAGUCUGCACAAUUGAUGAAUUCGUUGCUAAGGAAUGAUACUCGCCGUCAUGGCAACAGCAUGGAUUAUCUGAAUGAAGUCAAGCAGUACAUUCUCAAAACAGCCAGAAAGAACCGGCGAAAACCAAUAUUAUACAACCUGCAGCAGGAGGCGCCCAAGCCCAAGCGGAUCGUCUGCCUGUUUCCAACGGACAACAAGCCCCCGCACUACGGUCGAGAGUUUCACGGAGCGAUAACUCGGGAGGAGGCUGACAAUUCUUUGAGGAGGGGCGGAGAAGGGAGCUACUUGGUCCGAGAGAGCCAACGAGCACCUGGCAACUUCACCCUAGGAAUAAGGCUGAACCACACCACGUGGAACUUCCGGCUUUACUACGAUGGCAAGCACUACGUGGCGGACAAGCGCUUCGAUUCGCUGCACGACCUGGUGGCGGACGGCCUCAUCACGAUGUACGUGGAGGCCAAGGCUGCCGACUACAUUAAGGCCAUGGAGUCAGAGCCCAUCUACGAGAAGCACUCGCGCUACGCCACCAUCCGGGACAAGAGAGUCAGUAACGGGGCUGUAGUCCCCCCUGCCAACAUCACUCACCAGGCCUCCAUCUCUGAUCAGGUUGAUUCGCGCACAAGUGAAACCGAAUGCCUAGACAAUGUGGUUACAUCAGCGUCGUAUGAGAAGGCACAUAAUUUCAAGGUGCACAACUUCAAGGGUCUGAAUUGGUGCGAGUACUGCGGCAACUUCAUGUGGGGUCUCAUAGCUCAGGGCGUCCGAUGCACAGACUGUGGUCUGAGCACUCACAAGCAGUGCUCCAAGAGAGUGCCCUCGGACUGCAUGCCGGACCGCCGCCUCAUCAAGCGGGUCUAUGGUGUCGACCUGACCACCCUGGCCAAAGCCCACGGCACGAUGCGGUCCGUGGUAGUGGACAGAUGCAUAGAGGAGCUGGAAUCCAGAGGUUUGGGCAUUGAGGGUUUGUACAGGAUACCAGGCAUGCAGGAUGACAUGGAUCUCUGUAGGCAGCGGUUUGACAAAGAUGGGGCCAGUGCCAAGAUCAGCGUCAAGGACUUCCCCGACAUCAACGUGAUCUCCGGAGCGCUCAAGAUGUACUUGAGGCAGUUACCCAUCCCCCUUGUCCCAUUUGAGAUGUACGACCGCUUCAUGAUGGCAGCCAAAAUCGUCAACGCCACAGAGAGGUUAGAGGCCUUGCACGACGCAAUGAGUGAGUUGUACAACAUCAAGCCAGCCCACUACCACACACUGAAACAUCUCAUCAACCACCUCAAUAGAGUGGUUCAGCACAAGGAGCAGAACAAGAUGAGCGCGGAGAAUGUGGGCAUCGUCUUUGGCCCGACGCUGUUGAGAGAGGCCAACGACCAGACCAUCAUGGACAACCUCUACCUGCUGACAUACCAGAAAAAAGUGGUGGAGAUCCUGGUGGAAAACCCUGACAUCAUGUUUGACAAGUGAGGCCCACCAUACAACCCCCAAACUCACCCCCCCCUCCCCUCAAACAGCACCCUCCCCCACCUACCCAGGAAGGAACUCGGAGCACUGCUGGUUUCCUGUAUCAGAUAAUGUGAGGUUUUUACAAGGAGCCAUGCUGGGAGCAAGCUAGUCUUUGCCGCCUUCCAACAUGCGCAGGUUUGGCUAGGAGAUGUUUAAUGGAGUUAAUUUAUGCGAAACUGUACUCCAACAUGGCUGCCGAUGAAAGCCCUCUGUAGUAAGCAGAAGCAACUCUUUGGAACAAUCCAAAAUAAUGAACGAGAUGAAACCACCCGAGGCCAAUGCCCAAAUAUGCCAUGAGCCAGUCUGAGACCUGGCGUCAUACUCCCUUUCUCAUGUAAACCAAAUGACACAGUGUGCUAGUUUGAGAAAAUAAGCGUCGAUUUAGAAUUCCCAACAAUCUGGAUAGUUUGUGUGUGUCUCUCUCUGGGAUCCGUACUUAAUAAGCCUCAAGAACCAAGCGAGGGCACUUUCCAGAGUUCGUGUGGUGCAGGUAAAUUUAUUUGCGUGUAUUGGAGUUGCAUGUAACUACAGAUUGCUGUGUGAAAAGUCUGUAUUGGCCAUGGGUUGCUUGAAGCAAAGACACUUUUCUCCAUGUUACCACUCCAUUUGUAAAGUAUUUUUGUUGUGUGAGAUUGGAGUGGUCCACACUGGUUCCCUACACACAUUCCAAAUGGACAAUCGGGAACCAGUGCACAGCUUCACUCUAAUAUACAGCCCACAACGGCCAACAAACUACCCAGAUCUUUCACAUGGAGAUUGUAGACAAAAAUCAACCCCCCCCCAAAAUGGAAUCUCUCGGUGAAAAGAAUGUACCCCCUCACUUGUUUUGUCACCUAGAAACAUGAAGUUGAGCUUCAUGCUUUCUGACAGAGAUUUAGUGGGGAAAUCUGCACUCAGACAUACAUGUACCUCCAUAACCGUGUCUUAUAUAUAUUUGCAUUGUUAAUGCAUCUUCUAGCAACUUAAUUCCUUUCCUGAACUGUAUAUAAUUAUGUAUGACUAUUGAAAUUUAAUGUGUUGCUAGUAGUUAAAAAAAAACUGUUGUAACUUCAGCAAAUUUUAGAGUUGUAGAAUCACUGUUUGUUUCUCGCAAAUCGGAUAUGUCUCAAAAAAAAGGAGUUCCUAUUUGAGGUAUAUUCCGACCCAAAUCAGUAAAUAGCUAUUUGUGACAACUAGAAGUAGAAAAUGAAUCGUUAUGAUUUGAAGAUUUUAUUUUUGUGUCUAUUUAUAUGAAAUCAUUUUUUUGUGUGAAGGUAAAGUGUGUUGGACAAUGCUGUCAGAACUACAUGUAUGCCAGAUGGCUGAGAAGUAUGGAAAAAGGGGUUCACAAGUAAUUGAAAGUCUUUUCAGCAGGUUUAGUUUUGUUUGAAUUGGGGAGCUUUAAGAUAGUUUCCUGUAAUAUUUCGCAAACCUCAUUUUAUAUUCGUUUAUAUUUUUGCUGUAAGAUUUUUGGUUUACAGUAGCUGUUAGAGUUUUGAGGUGGGAAUGACCUGGAGAGGGCGCUGUUUACACACGUAGAUAUACGUUUCCUCCCACCUGCAAACCCUUCCCUCCUUGUUUUGCAAAUGAAACGCAUUGAUUGUGUGUUUCAUACAGAUUUUAUUUUCAUACUUUAAGCCUGUGUCUGGAAAUAAGCGAAUCUGAUAGAAAUCCUCGUACUCAGGUCCUUUUAAUGUGUGCAAAAGUAGGAACUGAUUCUUGAUAGAAAGAGUGGUUAGAAUUUUGUCGGCAAUGAGCUUAAUCUAGCUGUUAUUCAUGUCCAUCCAUGCAUAGAUCUCAGAUUUGUAGAGCUUAAUGGCCUGCAUGCAUGAAUUGUAGGUGGCACCCAUGCUGACUACUUUUUGGAACCGGUGAAGAUUACUAGCACUUGUACUGGGGGGGGGCAUAUACCAGUGACGUGAAAGAAGGCACUUCGAUUUUUCACCAUAAUCUGCACAGACCCAUUGUAUCUUGGGAUGAUAUGAAGGCUACUCAUCACCUGUGGAUGGGCACUUUAACUCGCACUUAAGCAUAUGUCAUAGAUAGUUCUAUCCCUGUAGACAAAUUCAUGCACGAAGACCAUUGACAGAUUUAUUGUAAUUGUCAGUAUUAUGACUAUUGUAGAUACCAAACUUUUAAGCAAUAUCAAGUUGUCUUAGCCGGCCAAAGUGUUAGCUGAUGUAGGGUUUUUUAAAUAUACGUUCCAGUUUUUGUCAGUAUUUGGGAAAUCGUGCAUAUCCUGCCAUAUCCUCUCGUGGUAACAAGCCGACCAUCUCUCAUGAUGAGCUCAUAGUCUUUUCUCCAGCCUUGUUUUUGUUUUGUUUUGGAAUCACACUCCUUUAUCACAUCCUCUGCAAGGUGGACGAAAAUUCUCAUGGACCAUUUUGUUGUCGUCACCCUGCGAGCAUUUCUGCACCAACACUCCUAAAUCCUAUUUCUGGGCCUGGAGUAUCAUUCAAAGUCAUAAUUUUGUGUUUUUGGAGUUCACAAGUAGCCACACGCGUGGAAGCAUGCUCCUGGCAAACAUUCAGUGCUGCCUCACAUCCUGUGUACUUGCUACUUUUCCCAGAAUUCUUUCUGGCAGAAUGUGUAGAUUUAACGUGGAGGUUUUUCUUCAAUUUCCCUCAUGCAUUUCAAGUGUGCUUCCAUCAUCCAUUUAUUCUACCCUACCCCGGAAACAUUUAAGUUUUUUUUAAUAACUACGACAGCACAGCCUCCGUGCUCUGUUAACCCUCCCACAUACUCCGCCUCUGUGCUUGUUAACCGUCCCACAUAUUCCGCCUCCGCGCUCUGCCAACCCUCCCACAUAUUCCGCCUCCGUGCUCUGUUAACCCUCCCACAUAUUCUUAUUAGUUGUUUGUAGGACAUUCUGAGCAGUGUUUAUUUUUCUCUUUCCUUUUUUCUUUCUUGACAAAAGAAAUCGAAAGGAAAAAUUUGACAUGAUAGGCAAGGGUGAAGCCUGACCUUCAGUUUAACUUCUUCUUUUUACCCAGGUGGUCACAUGUACAAUUGUAUCGUUGGUUUAAAUGUAUAUCUGACGUAGUAAGUGAUCGUGUUUUAACUUGUCUUGUACAUUUUCUGUGCUAGUCAUAUUACUGUUUUUGAUAGUGUAAAAAAGCUGGGGGGUUGGUGUUUCUUUCAGGUUGAACGGAUUUUAGGUUUUUAUAAUGUAGGACAGCUGUAACAGUGGGUGAUAGAGUAAGACGUUUUCCCGAGAAACUUCAAGGCAGUUGGGGGAAAGAGAGCAGGCCACAUUUUGGUGUACCCUGGGCGGCAUUGGGUGUGGUUUUCAACCAUUCCUUUUACACAGAAGCUUAGAAAUUGGGCCUCGACAUAAAUUGCGAAGGAGCCGAGAGUUUUUUUCAUUGUUGAGGUCAGACUCGAUCUGGUACUCAACCAGAAAUAAGUUAUGAGGGCCGCAUAUUAUGUAACAUAAGUGUUAGUAAAAAUUUACAAGUGUCGUGAUAGUUGCCCAGUUUCCAGACAGCAGCUUCUUAAACGUUUGGGUAUAAUAGCCAUUGUACUUACAUUCUUGAAGAAUGUUUCAAAGGUUAUCUGAGUUCUCAGGCGUCGAGUUGGUGUAAAGUUGGCCAGACUGGAUGCAUUUUUUUCGUAGACAUGAAGUAUGGAUCAUCUAUUUUGAAAUAGAUGUCCAUACUUCAUGUCACAGUUUGUUGAAGUUAAAUAUCAGCGAUAUUAUUUAUUUUUUGGCGAUUCCUGCGAGUGGUAUAAUGUAUUUCUUUAUAAAAAAGGGAGACAUGCACGAUUUGACCUUAUCUUGAGGAACGCUGAGUAUGUUACUACCUUUACUUCAUAUAUCUGUGUAGCUGUACUUCUUUACAUUUCAUCUGGUGAGAAGUGUUACUGAUUUUUUGAAUAGGAGACACUUUUCAUGGGCUGGUCCAUUUAAAGUUGGGGAGGAUUUGUGUCAUUCUGUUUUCAAGUAUGGUCAUCCGUCCCUUUCCUUUCGGGUAUGUCGAUCGAUUGUUGACAGAAUUUCAAGUUGAAGGUGUUAAAUUAUCUGAUAGAGCUUAUUGUCCUAAUUCACAAGUUGAAUUUGUUAACUUUAAUUUUGGAAACCUGAGAAUAGAAAUUGAAUCAGUGAACUAAAAUUUUAACACAAACUAAUGUCGUUUAUGCUGAUGAAUGAUUUCAAAAUUGUGACUAAUUGUAUUUAAAUGUUUAAGCCACAAUUGUUUAAGUUAACUUAGGCAUGGAACCCAAACAAGUCUGGCACCACCCCGUUCAACAGAUUGCAUUGAAUAAGAUUGAUUCAGGGAACACGGUUUAAAAUGGCUUGCCGUGUGAGGUCUACUCACUGAUUUCUGCGGAGUUGUGCGUUCAAUUGGUGCACUCACAAGAUUUGAUUUUGCCUGAAUUCGUGGGAGUUUGUCCUGUCUGCCAACUUAAACAAGUCUGGGGAAAAAAUUCUUCAACACGUUAGAGUGCAUGUUGUAAUUUUCUUUAAGUUGGAUAAACGUAAUGCUGUUGCACAGUGUUUAUCCGAGCUCAAAUGUAUGUAUGCAUCAUCGUCAUGUCGUUUUGUGAUAAAACAGCAAAGAAACCAAA